CAAAAUUGGUUGUUUAUAUCCGAAAUUAGUGCAAUUUCGCCGAAAAGUUUUUUUUCCAAUUAUUUUUAUGUAAAAUGCUACGGACGGCGCCGCUUUCUGCGGUGCUGAACGAGGAAAUAGCCCUUGAGGGGCUUGAAGGAUCUACCUUGGAUGUGCUCUGGAACCAUCUUGCGCUGCGGCUUAAAAUAGUGGUACCACUUCCGCACAAAUUACAGAAUUCCAUCUGGCAGCUCAUAAUUCGCCAUCCGGAGUACUCUUUCUUUGUGCUGCCGGAGCCACGGAAACCGUUCGUUUUCUUCGACCGUAUGGAUCAGGUAGAUCCGGAAUCAGGAGUUAUGCGAGAACCGAAAGAGUUCCCUGGACAUAGGUUCCAUUACAAUCCCGUUGUGGGGGACGGGGUGCGUGGGUCAUGUGAACAUUACGCUCACCGUAUAGCUUUGUCCAGAGAGGAGGUUGCACAGAUGACUCAUGAACAGGUGGAGGAAAAGUGGCCUAAUGCUUUUGUGAUAGUUGCUUCCCAAAAGCUAAGAGAAAUGUUUAUAAUAGAACCGAACAACACCUUAGAGCUUAGCAUCAUCCAGUUCUGCAUCCUGGAAUGGGUUGGACGUUCGAGGUACAAUGGUGAAACUUCCCAGGGUAAAUAUUCGCUGGUAGAGAUUACCAAGGAUUCGGCCAUUCUCUUUUACAAUCGUAAAGUUUUGAUUGAGGGCAAAUUGAUGACACGACAGUCACUCUGUCAGCGCACUGGCGAAUCCAGCAUUCAAGGAAUGGUCUACCAUUUGCCCCGGUACUACCAGGAAAUGAAACCCAAAGGUCUCGUACUCACCGAAAAAGUUGUUAACAUUUUGAAAAUGCGGCCUGGUUAUAUGGCCGAUUAUGAUGAAAUCAAACAAAUUGUUUUGGGACGUGCCGAAGCUCGGAAGUGGUUCCGAGGCAAUGAAUUUGUGAAAUUUAUUAAAACAGAUGAAACGGUUCCUUAUCGGCUGUUGUAUCCCGAUGCUGAUAAACGGGAAUGGCAGAUGAGAAAUAAGAAGGGUGAGGAAAAACAGGUCCGUGUGAUGCGAUUAAUCGAUCCCGAGGCAGAUGUUUACGAUAUGUGGUACAGCAAGGACGAUCAAGCAGAAGACGAGCAGAAGGAUGGAAUUUUGAAUUCUCAGAAAGCCUACAUUGAUAUGCCGGUAUUACAACAAGCCUACAAUGUAAUUGGGCGAGCUGGUGAGCAGGGCAUAUCACAGUCCAUGAUGGCCACCGAAAUGGGUUUGGAUAAGCUAAAUUCGCGAUCCGUGGUGAGAAACCUUUUGAAGUUGAAGGCGAUUGAAGGACACGCGGUGGACGAAGGACGACAGCGAACUACAAAGUACUUCAUUCCGGGUCGAACGCAACGGACCCUUACUUUCGACAAGGAAGCUAUCCAGCUGAUGAAUGCUCACAUCAACGUUUUCGAACAACAGCAGCUUGAAAAGCAACAGAAAGAGCUGGACGAAGUAUCGAAUGCUAUUACUAGUACUUAUCAGCCUCUGAAUGAAACCGUAACAGCACCCACAACACCCGUUCCAAACGAAUCCUUUUCUAGUAUGCACUCGACGUUAAACGACUCCACUAGCAGCUUCAGUGCGGUUUCCAACAUUCUAACUGAUGGUGGAGAGGAUGAUGAUGACUGUGAAUUGUUGCAAAGAUCUUCAUUCAAAAGCACUUUACUACAAUCGAUCGACGUAGAGAUAGAGCUAGGCGAAAAGGCCAAUCAAUUGAAAAAGGUGGAGCCAGGAAUUGCAUCCACCAUGAUGAAUAAGACCAUCAGCACAAAGGUACUAAAACGCUGCAAUAUGAUACUGGAGACUGUGCGGAAGUAUAAGGUCAUAGAGCCGCGGGCGGUUUUGAAAGAGAUCAAUAAACAGGAGAAAGAUAGCGGAUGCAAAACGGAGGCGUGUCAUAAAUCUAUUCUACGGCUCAUGAGCCGAUUGGCGGUAGAUAAACUGAUGAAGAUAGCCAAUGUAAAGCUAUCGAAAGAGAACAAAGUGGUGACCUUAACCUUAGCCUGUGAGAGUAGCAUUGAGAAGGAUCAUGGGCUGCUGCUAGCGAAGAUUGAAUCAGCAAAGGCAAGAAUGAUGAUGCACAAUCCUGCGUUAGAAGCCGGAAGUUCAAAGAAAAAAGCUACUACUACUACUAAUACUGAAGAAUAUCCACUUACACCAGGCCACAGCUAUGAAGGUACUUUGGCAAAAUUCCGAAGAAUGAAAUUAUUCCACGAAUUUCUGUUCUACCUGAUCUACGAGCUUCCCAAAAGUGCGGAGGAAAUACCACCGCCGUUUGAUUUAAAGGUUGCGGACUUAGGACUCGAAGCAGGUCCAUUUUACUCUAACGAUGAGUGGAAAAUGUUCGUCCCCCCAUUACAAGAUUACGAAAAUAAUGGCUCUGGAUGGGCUUUGCUGACUGAUGUAACAUUACGGUUGCCAUUGUCAAUUUUCUGCCAAAUUUGUACUUUUGGUUUUUACACCAAGGAUCUUGAUCACUACUUAGAUCACCCGGUAAGAAGACACAUUUUAAUCAAACACCUUCCAAAACCGAUUCGAAUGCAGUUGUCCCAAAGACGUAAGUACAUUUUCAACAUUUAUGAAUUGUGCCAGAAACUGUGCUGUGCAGGGUUGUUACAAUUCGGACCGCAACGUAUGAAGGAUAAAGAUCAAACGUUCAUCUAUCUCAAUAGGAAUAUUGCCUUGAUCGAUACCCGAUCAUCAGCUGUAGGUUAUCAGGAAAUAGAGGAAAAAGAAUAUCCGAAAAUGGAUUUCACACUAACAGAUUUUAAGACAUUAGAAGAAUUUUGGGGGAUACUUUACAAAAUUGCUAUGGAGACGAGAUUGAACAGACGGAGCGUUGCUGUCGGAAAAGAGAUACUGGUUCAGCAGAUCCAAAAUAAACCAAAAAUAAUUGAAGCCUUCCGGGCACGAACUUUUGAAGAUGCUUCGGAGAAUGACUAUGCAAAACUUCCUCCGGGUGAUAACCGAGGGGCGGCUGGAAUGGACACCGCCAUGUUUAUUCACUUGAAAUCGAACUGGAUUAAGGUGAUGAAUUACGCUCCGGCUGAGCCAAAACCCAAGGCAAGUAAUAUGAAGACAGUUAGAAAAAUCGUGGCUAUGAACCGAGAGAAAGCCAAUAAAAUCGCCAUGGCCAAAAAGACGGCAUCGGCUGGUUUAAAAGAUAAAAAACUUACACUGAAGCCGAAGCUUGCAGUGAAACAAUUCGCAAAUCACUUCCGUAGAUAUGGUGACAAAAAAUCUGAUAUCAAAAUUCGGAAAGUGGCUCCCAGAGCUGCUCAAACCCGUAUUAGAUCCUUGUACGAUGAGACAGAUAAGAAAGCUUUAAGAUUAAUGAAGAAACUGCGUGUCGAUUGGAAUCGAAAUGAAGAUACAAUUUUGUUGACUUGUCGGAUUGCAGUAAAAUAUCUUUUCGGAGAAGUUAACAAAUGCUGCUUGGUUAUUAACUCAGUGCUGUUCCGAGAUAUUCUGCACUGGUCCGAUCCUUGUUCAAUGAACAAAACAUCACGCGCCUGUCAACGACGGAUAAACUACAUGAUGAAACAUAAACCACACUUGGCAGAUCUCGUGAAAAUGUGUGUGGAAGAAGCGCGAAUAAAUACGAAAAUUGAACAGCAAUUUGGGAAAAAUUUCCUUGAAGACCUAAAGCAAACCUAUACAGUCCCUGAAGAUCUUUCCAUGGCAUUGAAGGUUCGUUUCGUAGAGCUGGUAUAUCUAUUGCAAAGGACUCUAACAAAACUAGGUAGUGAUAGCUUUCGAUCUGCUUCCGAACGAGAUACCUCGAAUCAGUUAGUUCUACCCGAUACUAUGAAAGAUUUCUUGAAUCGUUACGAAAUCAUUCAGGAUCAUAAUACAACUAAUCUGUUGUUGUACAUGGCACCUUCAAGCAUAGAAGACAUAAUACAGCACAAACUGAUCACUCUGAUCCACAGUUCGGUUACAAAUCUAAAAGAGAAAAGUUCUAUCAAUGUUCAACUAUUCAACAUUUACAAACACUUUUCCGAGAAACAACUCUCCCAGGCAAUGAAGACCGUACGAUCUUUCAAAAUGAUAUCUCUUAGCCGAAACGGUCGUGCGGAGCGUUCUGUUGCCGCCAGUAUCAUGCCCGCCGUAGAUAGUCCUUAUCACGUGGCAGUAACAUACCUAAAUCAAAUUUCAACCAAAAUCCCGUUUGAGAUGUUCAACUACGUUUACUUUCACUACCUGGAGUUGCUGGAUGCAACCCACUACGGAGAUCCGAUUACAUUCGAAAAUACCGGUCAAGGUAUCGUGUUGCUGCUCGGUGAACUAACUACGAAGAAUGCGACUGAGUUGGAAAUUGAAUCUCUGGUUAACCUAAUUCAAGUCAACCCGGAUAUGCGAAUCGCUCCUUCUGAAUUGAAAGAUAUGAUGAACGAUCUUUCCGCUGGAGAUACAGUCAAUCAAAUGACGUCAAUAGGUCCAGCAACGGAAAUCAAAACUGAGCCACGUUCAGCUGCUAAGAUCACCAUCAACACUGCCAGCGAUGUCUACUUCAACUUCGUAAUGCAUCCAGUGGAACGGCUUACAAAACUUCCGAACGAAUACCUCCAUUUCUUCUGCCUUCUAAACAGUCUGACCGAUCGCGUCUUCAUCAAGGGUUACAAAAUUGACGAAACUUACAACCUUUGCUCUGUGGCCGAGUGUAUAAUGCAAGACAGCGAAAGAGACGUUGUUAAUCGUUGUAUUUCAAUAGCUCUGUCUUGUCGUGAGGCGAUUGAAAGAAUUAAAAAGACAAAAGUGUCUCGUCUUGACAUUCAACCAGCUUUCUUAGUUCGAGAAGAUAACAUUGCUCACUGUUUUUCGAGAACGGUACAAGAAUAUGGUAAAUAUCAUUCGCAGCGAACACUUCGGGACAUCGGAAAGCUUCCAGCCGGUAUGCGAACUUCAAUCAAUAUGGUUGAACUUGCAGAUGACAUUGUACGUUUUGAUAGCGUCAGUGACUUCAACUGGUUGGAUCGAUACGAAAUUACCCAGCCGGUUGAUUCCGACACCACAAUGAUGAUGGAUGACACCAAUGGGGAGGAUUUCAGUAUGGCCAGCAACCACAAAGACGACUACGCCGAUCGAGCGAAGAAAUACAACAAUUACUACAUAAUAAACUGCCCAAAAAUGAACAUUCGCCUGAAAUACGAUCAUCCCAACCAACUGCAGGAACGUGUCUUUCACAAUGGUCGUGAAAUCGCGAACUAUUUCCUACCGGCAAAAUACCACGAACGAGAAGCUAUUCAAACUCGCAUCACCAGUGACUGUUUGUGGCCAGAUUCGGCUGAACUUAACCCUCUUCUGGAGCAAGCUACGCCCUUCGUCAAUCAAAAUCCUCGACUUCACGCUCUUGCAGAAUUUAUAGAGUCCAAGCAAGAACUUGGGGCCACGGUCCUUCAACUCACCGAACAAUUCACCAACCGCCAAGAGCUACUGGAGGACCUGGCAACCUUGGAAGGGUUCAAAUACAUUCUACGCACUGGCAUUCGACACGUUACCUUCGUCCAUUGGCAGUUCGUUCAGCCGUGGUUGGUUAACACUACCUGUGUAAUUGAAGAAAUCAAUCUAGAUGGGGAACCAUCGAGCAAGGAUAUAAAACCUGCCAUGAUGGCUCGAAAACGAAAGUAUGACGCAACUCAAAAACAGGAAGACGAUUGUCACGUGUUAGGCGAACCGAUGAAAAAAUCGCGCCGCCAACUGAUUGAAAACUCAUUGGAACAAGCCGAAAUGCGGGACAGAUUUAAACCCAAGAAGGAUCUUUCGCUUGCGAUGAUGCCCUGGCUACGGGUCGAUGGAAUUCUUAACAAACGACUACUCUAUCGCUGGUUGACCACCGUGUUACUGUACUGUAUGUCUCAUCCGGGAAUUAUGCUCACCGUGAUUCACGGUCGGUUCAAUUUGAUGAGUCCGGUACAACUGAAUUACCUACUAGAGCUGCUGCAAGAGUAUGGUUGUGUUCGAUUGCUUUCGGUUAAAGUGAAAACUAAGAAGACUCUCUUCACGUCGUUUCGAUCUGGAACGAUAGACAAAGCAACAAUAUUGGACCCGGAGGAGCUCACCUAUGUCGAAGCAGUUCCAAAUGCACUGACGAUGCUGUCUCUGUUCCUCGGUGAUUAUGCUAAGUUCCAGGAAGAUUUUCUGACUCCCUCGACGUACAUCGACAUACGGAACGAGGAUGACUUCAGUGAGAAUGUGCGAAGACCCGUUACUACAGAUUUGGAAGACAAUCUUGACUGGGUGACAGAUGCGUAACCCGCGAGGAUGAACGUCUUUAUCUUCACUAAAGAUUGAAAUAUUCUAAAAUAAAAGAUGUACUAGUUACGAACAUAGCUAUAGA